UGAGCGGUGAUGCUAUGAAGGAAUGCAUCUUUAUUACACAUACUUGCUGUACUAACUGAGUACUCGCCUGGAACCUUUGUCCUAGAUCUAACGUUUGAUUUCAACAAACUACAGCUGAAGUGAAAUAAAACAUUGAUUCUAUCUACAAGGAAGACGUUUAACUACUAUUAAAUAUGAAGUCAAAUAUGAUCAUUUCCCUGUUUAUCAUGGCAUCCAUGUCUCUUGUUCACGGACGCGUUGUGAGCAGUAACCAUGGAAACACAGCAACCAAGAAAAAUGGGCCACCCUCUUUCUGCAACGGUCUCGACUGUCCAAAGUACUCUGUUGUUGAUGACACACACCAGACCUGGGAGGAGCGCCAAUAUUCAGCAUCUAGCUGGGCAAGCACGACCCUGUCUGGGGUCGCGUUCGAUCAAGCUCAAGAGCAAAUGUUCAUGAAGCUUUUUGAAUACAUCCAGGGAGAAAAUGAGCUUGGAGUCAAAAUUGAAAUGGCAGUGCCGGUUACUCUAAGAGCAACGAUUGAUGCCAGGACUGGGCACUUCAACGAUGACUAUACAUUAUCAUUCUAUCUACCCUACAAGUAUCAGAAUGCCACUGCCCCUAAACCAAAAAAUCCAGAUAUUUUCCUGAGGACAGAGCCCCAAAGCAAGAUCUUUGUCAGAUCUUUCCCUGGUUACAUGUCAGAGACGAAAGACCUGUUCAAUGCCGGAGCCCUGGCCGCCGACCUCAAGGAUGAGUGGGGCUACGAUCACGGUUACAUCUACACAGCGGGAUAUGACUCACCCUGGAAGGUCUUUUCGAGGCACAAUGAAGUCUGGUUUAUGGCCAAGAAUUAGAGUCUAGUUGGCGAGACUAUGGCUGAUAAGUUGCGUAAAAACAGAGGAAGACUUAAAUAUAUAUUGACAAUGGAAGGUCUUUGCAGGGCAUGAGAUCUGAUUUAGAACCACGAAUUAAGAGUUAUGCCUGACCAUUGAAGAAAAGUCUUAUAAAAAAAGGGAAGACGUAUACAAAAAAAUAUAUCAACUUCCCGUUAUUUCUUAUAAGAAGCUCGUCUUGUUGAUAGUGAAAUUAUAAAGUGCCUUUCCAAUGGGGUUUAAAGCGCACAUGGUUUUCCCUUGAGGAAUUAAAUUGCAUUACCGCUGUUUUUUAUACAAUUCAUGCUAUCCUGGGUAAUUGACAACUACUCCUUCAUAAUGGUAUCAAAAUUUCCAUGAAAGUUAACGAAAAAAAGGCUAUAUCUUCAAUCUCCAAGUCAUGUAGGGGUAUUGCGUAUUCCAAUAUUCAACUCAAGUAAUGCAUUUACCUGCAUUUAUUCAUUUCAUUUAGAAAUGCUUUUGUUUGCCAUGAUAAAAGUUAUGAAUGAAAUAAUGAAUCAUUGUGUUCAUAGUAUCUAGUGACAGAUUGUAUAUUUCUUUUAGUUUUAUAUGAAAGAGGUUUAUUUAGAAAUUAUAUUGAUUUCUGUCGUCUAUUUUGUUUGUUCCUGAUGUAUAAUCAUCAAGUGAUCCGAACCUUCCGUUCUUUAUGGGAUCUUUACAAUAAUAUAAUACAAUAAUACUUUGCUGAAGUGGUGUUAGAAUGUUUGUUGAUAUAUCUUUCAUUCAUGAUAUUACACAUGAAUGUUUCCUCUCAUUUUUAUGAACAUGUAAAUGUUUGCAAGAUGAACAUUAGAAAGGGAGUAGUAUGUGAAAACAGAAAAGGUGAAAUAGGAUCUCUGUGCACUAGCACUCAGUCACCAUGAACUGGUUCAUAUCAACUUUGUUACUUGGAGGUUUUGAAAAUAUUGAAAAGCAAAAAGAAAACAAAAAAAAAAACCGAAUGUUGGUCACAAUUCAUUGGGUGUUAGACUGGAGGGACAUGCCCUCACCCUUGAAAUCUUGGGUUUUGUAGAGUAGCCUAUGAGAGUGCUGCUCGACACCCCCUGACGUGGAGAAGCAUCUCUAGAAACCACAGUGCAUGAGGAGAUUGAUUUUUACAAAUAUUUCUCUCCUGAUCAACGAGAGUAAUGUCUAGAAUGAAAGCAUAUGUCUUUGGUGUUUCGAAAACAAUCAUUAAUCAUACAAGUGAUGUAAAUCUGCUUAGUUAGGUGUUGAUAAGUGUACAUUAUUUGAUAACGUAAUCUAUUUUGAAGGCUGAAAUAAAUAUGAAGUACCAAAAUCAAA